AUGUUUGAAGAAAUUGAAGGUGAUUUUCGAGAUCGAAUUAAUCUUUUAAUUUAUAAUAUUUAUUUAAGAAAAUGGUCAAUGAGACAAGCUCAAAGUAAAACACAUUAUGGACGAAUAAAUUUUAAUGUUGAUUUUCAAGAUAUACUUAAUGAAGAUUGGCAAAUGAUACAAAAACGUGAUAUUGAUGUAUUUGUUUGUAGUUCAAAAGUACUUGUUAAAGAACUGCAAUGUUUAUGUAUUAAAAUAAAUGAUUAUCAUUCAUCAAUAAAUAGAGUUCAUCUUUAUUUAAAUAAAGAAAAUUUUCAAAUUUAA